GUAUUUCUACAAAAGAUGCUUUGCAAUCUCUAGUAAAUUCCAACGAUACUCCUGAUGAUCCAUCAUCUGAUAUAAUUGAUAAAACUUUAAAUUCUAACGAUACUCAUGAACAGAUAAUCUCACGUAAUGAGGAGUCUAACACAUCUAGCCAUGAA